CCCCUUGUACCUGCUAUAGUACCUUUGAAUGCACAUACCCCUGAAUCCUGCUUUAGUAUCCCUGAAAAGAUGGAGUUUGUUAAAGAGGAGAGUGAAGACAUCCGUAUUUCAGAACCAUUCAGACUGAAGAAUGAAGAUACAAACAACAAAGAGGAACAAAGAGAGCUGAUGGACGUGAAAGAGGAAAGUCAAGAACUGGAUGAAGUGGAGGAGAAAUAUCAGUAUCAGAAUCAUAAUGAUGUCAUAACUGGAGAAAAAUCUUCUAGUUGCUCACAGACUGAAAAGAAACUGUCACAAAAAAGAACUCAAAUUUCUUUAAUCUGCCCUCAUUGUGGAAAGAUUUUCACUCAUAAAGGAACCUUUACUAUCCACAUAAGAAUUCACACUGGAGAGAAACCUUUCACGUGCCAUCAGUGUGGAAAGUGUUUCAAAGAGAACGCAAGUCUUAAUCUUCACAUGAGAAUUCACACUGGAGAGAAGCCUUACUCAUGCCAUCAGUGUGGAAAGAGUUUCAGACACAGAGCAAGUAUUAAGGCGCACAUGAGAACUCACACUGGAGAGAAACAUUUUACAUGCCUUCAGUGUGGAAAGAGGUUUAGAAAUCCAAGCGGCUUAAGUAGGCAUGCACAUAUUCACUCUGAAAAGCAAUUACAUCACUGUUCUCAGUGUGGCAAGAGUUUCAAACAGGCAAGUCAUCUCAGACUUCAUCAGCGCCAUCACUCUGCAGAAAAGCCUUUCAACUGUGAUCAGUGCGGUAAAAAUUUUAUUUUUGCAUCAGUGCUAAAGAGACACUUGAAACUUCAUGGAAAUAAUAAGCCUUACAUCUGCACUGUUUGUGGAAAAAGUUUUUCACAGCUGGCUUAUAUGAAACAGCACCAGAAAAUACAUUUGGGUGUAAAAACUCAUGUAUGCUCAGAGUGUGAUAAAGCCUUUUACAAAGUGGAAAACUUGAAAGUGCACAAAAGAAUUCAUUCUGGAGAAAAACCUUACAGGUGCUCAUAUUGUGAAAAGAGUUUCAGACGGGACCAAGAGUGGAAAAAACAUGAAAAAAAACAUAAUAGAGGGAGUCCAUACCAAAUACCACUGAAAUAAGAAGAUACAUUAUUUUGAUCAUACCAAUAGAUUAAAUUAGCUUCAUUUUUCUGUGGUGACGGUUUGUUUUGAGUAGCAUUAUGUACUUACCGUGUCAGAUGAUGAAUUCAGGGAAUAAAAAAAACUACAACAGAAUUUGAUAUAAAGAAUGUUAUGUUCUCACUGCCCAAUUAGUGCAGUUUCUGCUUUAUUCUCUCUAAAACAAAGCAAAUGUCAGCAAACAUGAUUCUUUAUUAAUUAACCCCUUACACUGUUCUGGCAGAUACUCACUGAUCAUUUAAUUAGAAAUACUAUGGUCCUAAUAAAGUGCCUGAAAAUGGGCUUCUGCUAUUGUAGCCUACCCGUCUCAAGGUUCAACGUGUUGUUCUUUCUGAGAUGCUAUUGUCAUGUCUAGAUGUGUUUUUGGUCAUAUUUUGUUUUCUGGUCUUUUAUUUUAAAAAGUUUUGUUCCCAUUUCCUAGUCAUGUGAUGUCCUGUUUUCUCUCCAUGUUUAUGUGUCUUGUUAUUGGUUCUUUCAUGUAAUUGGUUUAUUCUUAUUGUCUUGUUAUCUUGUUUAGAGUUCUGUUUGUUCAUUGGCUUAUGUUUCCCCAUGACCUUGUAUUUAAGCCCUCAUGUUUGCCAUUGUCCUUUGUCGAGUAUUGUUGAUGUAAUGUCGUUUCAUGGUUAUUUCAAGUCAAAGUCGUUUAUGUUUGUUUGGUUUUUAAGUCUAGUCAAGUUUAUAUUUUGUUUCACGUUUGAAUUUAUGGUUAUUGGA